GGCCGCGAGUGAAAGCAAUCCUGCCAUCCCAUUGAUGAUGUCGAGCAUGGGGACGACUUUUGCCCCGAUCACCACUAUACGAUCAAUUGGCAUGAUCCCAAUCAUGUCAACCCCUACUCAUACGCCGACGACAACAAUGUUCCCAGGCUCGAUAACAACGCCUGGUGGAGCAUUCUCGACAUACCCGUUAGCUUGGGCUCAGUUUGUUGCUGACCCGGCAAAUGCUCAGGCUCUACAGGGCUAUCAACAGGAGGCGGCCCGCAGGAGGAAGAGUAAGGCUAUAGCCAAACCCAGCAAGACUCGAGAUUCGGCGUUCAAAUGCCUAGGGGACAAAGAGGAUGGACCCCGCAAGUCUGCCAAGCUACGUCUUGGUCCUGAGAUGGGCCGGACUAGCGCAAUGGAAAGACUUGGUGGGAGUCGUCACGCCCAAUCUCGUCGUUCUAGGGAAUCUGAGGCGAUUCACCAAGACGAGGAGGAAGUAGAAAGCCAGCCCAGGGCGUCGGCAUAUACCAGGCUCUCAUACGAUGAGGAUGACCUGGACAAGAUAGGGAGCGUAGCAAGGAAAUUACGUGCCCUGGAGGAAAAGGUGGAAGAGAAGGCAGGAGCGAAAAAGCACACCUUGGCUAAAUCUCCCUUUUCGGCCAGGGUACAUGCGCAGAGGUUGAGGCGGAAGAUUAAGCUGGACGUGGAGAAAUUCACAGGAAAGGAGGAUCCAAACGUCUACCUUGACACCUUCCACAAUGCAGCACAGAUGGCUGGGUACACUGAUGCUGAGGAAUGCCUACUCUUCUUCUCAUCCUUUGAGAAACUUGCCGAAGUUUUCGCAAGAAGUACCAGGACAAUUGCAUCAAGAGGAAGAAGUUCACCUACCUUAACACGCAAGCGGGAAUUGGAGGAAGGAUAUACGAAGGUGAAAACCGACAAGCCGAAGAAAGACGACCAGACGGGAGGGUCCAAACUAAAGGCCACGUAUGACGGGUCUGUCCAUCAAAUAAGGGAUGAUAAAAAGGGAGAGCAGUCCAAGAGGCCAUGGACGGAGAAGUGGUGUACCUACCACCAAUCUGACUCCCACAAUACGGCGGAUUGCCGAAAUGUCAAGGCUGUGCUCAAGGAGAUGGCCUUGAAAGGAGAGCUUGGGGAAGGUUACGCGACGGGGAAUAAAAAGGACCCGAAAGCGAACACCUGGACCCGUCCUCAGGGAAAAGACCAGGGAAGGAGAAAAUCCGGGAAGGAUAACAACAAUCCGGAUAAAGAAUUCAUUGAGAUGAUUGUCGGUGGCCCGGAAGGCGGGGACACUGCCUCCCAGCGGAAGAACUGGGCCAGGAGCUUGCACGUAGCGGUGGUUUCCUUGGAAUCACAAGGAAAGCAGGCAAGGAGGGAACCUAUCACUUUCACUGAUAGGGAUCUGCCCAGGACGGGGGGAGAUCACAAUGACCCUUUGGUCAUUACAAUGGACAUCAAGGGGGCUGAUGUGGCCAGAGUACUGGUUGACACAGGAAGCAGUGUCAAUGUUUUAUACUUAGAUGCUUUCAAGAAAUUGAAGUUUGACAGGUCCAUGCUAAGACCACUACAAACUCCAUUGUCAGGGUUCACUGGUGCUAGCAUAGAAGCAGAAGGUCAGAUCACCUUACCGGUUACCUUGGGGUCGGGUAACAGGACAGUGACCAAACAAAUGAGAUUUGUUGUGGUCGACAUCAAGUGUGUACAUAAUGCUAUUCUUGGUAGACCUGGAAUCAACCAGGUCAUGGCCAUCAUUUCUAUGGCACACUUAUGUAUGAAGUUUUACACUCCCUGUGGAAUCGGGGAGGAAAGGGGUGAUCAAAAGAACGCCCGGUCCUGCUACCUGGAAGCAGUCAAGAAGAUGACCCGCCAGUUCGAACAAAUUGAAUUGGUCUCCCAGCAGGUAGACAAGGGUGAGGAGAAGGCUAGGAUUGAGCCGGAUGCAAACACGGAGGAGAUCCAGAUUGAUGCCUCCAAUCCUGAGAGGAAGGUCAAAAUUGGGGCUGAUCUUCAGGAAGAGUUAAGGACUGAGAUUGUCCAGGUGCUGACCAGGUAUAAAUCUUUGUUUGCCUGGAGUGUUGCCGAUAUGCCCAGAAUUGAUCGGUCAGUCAUUUGCCAUCGUCUCUCUGUUCUUGAGUGUUCAAGGCCAGUAAGACAGAAGAAGAGAUUCUUGGCAAGUGAUAGGAGGGAUUUUGUGAAGAAGGAGGUCAAGGACCUACUUGAGGGGGAGAACACCGAUGCUGACUUGCUAUCAAAAUUGACGCAAGCAGCCCCGGAACAUGUCUCAAAAUUGGCCAGGAUUGAGAUGCUAGAGAAGGCUAGCAUUGAAGGGCUUUCUGUUAGCCUGAUUGAGGAAGAUGGACAGCCCAAUCUAGGCCUGGUGGUACCAGAUGAUAUUUGGAUGGAUGACUUGGUCGAGUAUUACAUGACCGGCAAUUCCCUGAGGAUGAGGACAGGGGCGGAGGCGGAAAGAGUGAUCGCCGAAGUUCAUGAGCGUGUCUGUGCAGCCCAUCAAAUGUCCAGGACACUCGCACAAAGGAUCAUCUUGCUAGGGUUCACCAAAUACUUGGAGCACUUCGGGAUUACUCACAACAAGGCUUUUGUGGCCUACCCGCAAGGGAAUGGCCAGGUGGAGAAUGCGAACCGCACAAUAGUCGAUGGGAUCAAAAAGCGGUUGGGUGAGGCAGGAAUGAAUUGGUUAGAGGAGUUGCCACAUAUCAUCUGGGCUUACCGGGUCACUUCAAGAAGGGCCACAUGGGAGACACCCUUCGUCCUUACAUAUGGGUGUGAGGCCAGACUACCCAUCGAAGCUAAAAUAAUGACCUUUCGGGAGAAGGUCUAUGAAGAGAAAGGGAAUGAGGAAAACCAUUUGGCAGAGCUAAACUUGUUGGAAGAGAGGCGGAUGGUCGCUGAGGCUAAAAUGAUGGAAUACCAGCAAGCAGCCAAGGCUUACCAUGAUAACAAGGUAGGGCCUCGUUAUUUCAGAGUGGGUGAUGAGGUCCUGAGACGAAGGGAGGCCAGCAAACCCGGAGACGAGGGAAAACUUGCAAAGAAAUGGGAAGGCCCAUAUAGGGUCACAGCAAUAUUACGCCCUGGGACAUACAAGUUAGAAACAAUGGAAGGUCGAGAGUUGGAAAGGUGCUGGAAUUCCCACCACCUUAGAAAAUUUUACCGAUAGGCCAAAUUGGCAGGGCAUGUAUUUGUAAUACCCCUUCGAUUAUAAAUAAGAGCUUUCUUCGAUACUUGUGUUGCUGGGUCAGUAACACUAAAGUAAUAUGUCUUGAUGUAAGAGGCAAGGUCAAAAAAAAAAGAUAAACCCUU